AAGAGGCGGCGGGCGCGGGUGGCCGAGCGGAGCCGAGCGGAGCCGAGCCGGGCCGAGCCGGGCCGAGCCGGGCCGGGCCGGGGCCUAAGAUAGCAGGCACAAUGCGGGCAGCUGAGCAGGGGUCGGCGGGUCCCUGAGCCCCGUGCACCGGGCAGCGAGAGAAGCCCGGCGCAGAGCCCACGGCCGCCCGCCAUGGCCGGGGUCAGCUACGCGGCGCCCUGGUGGGUGAGCCUCCUGCACCGGCUGCCGCACUUCGACCUGCGGUGGGAGGCCACCAGCAGCCAGUUCCGGCCCGAGGACACCGACUACCAGCAGGCGCUGCUGCUGCUGGGGGCCGCCGCCCUGGCCUGCCUGGCCCUAGACCUCCUUUUCCUGCUCUUCUAUUCCUUCUGGCUGUGCUGCCGGCGGCGGAAGACCGAUGAACACCUGGAAGCGGACUGCUGCUGCACCGCCUGGUGCGUCAUCAUAGCCACGUUGGUCUGCAGCGCGGGCAUCGCCGUGGGAUUCUACGGCAACGGGGAGACCAGCGAUGGAGUUCAUCGAUUCACCUACUCGCUCCGCCAUGCCAACCGCACAGUGGCAGGGGUCCAGGACCGCGUGUGGGACACGGCUGCGGCCCUGAACCGCACAGCGGAACCCAACCUACAGAGCCUGGAGCGGCAGCUGGCCGGGCGACAGGAGCCACUGAGGGCUGUGCAGCGGCUGCAGAGCCUGCUGGGGACACUGUUGGGCUACACUGCCGCCAUCCCCUUUUGGAGGAACCCCGGCGUAUCACUGGAGGUGCUGGCUGAACAGGUGGACCUCUAUGACUGGUACAGGUGGCUGGGGUACCUGGGCCUGCUGUUGCUUGACGUCAUCAUCUGCCUCCUCGUGCUGGUGGGCCUCAUCCGCAGCUCCAAGGGUAUCUUGGUUGGGGUCUGCUUGCUGGGUGUCUUGGCCCUGGUCAUCAGCUGGGGUGCAUUGGGCUUGGAGCUGGCCGUGUCUGUGGGCUCCAGCGACUUCUGCGUGGACCCUGACACCUUUGUGACCAAGAUGGUGGAAGAGCACUCGGUACUGAGCGGGGACAUUUUGCAAUACUACUUGGCUUGCUCGCCCCGUGCCACCAACCCCUUCCAGCAGAAACUGUCGGGCAGCCACAAGGCUCUGGUGGAAAUGCAGGAUGUCGUGGCCGAGCUGCUGAGGAGUGUCCCAAGGGAGCACCCAGCCACCAAGGAUCCCUUACUCCGAGUCCAGGAGGUGCUAAACGGCACAGAGGUGAAUCUCCAGCACCUCACCGCCCUGGUGGACUGCCGCAGCUUGCACCUGGACUAUGUGCAGGCGCUGACAGGCUUCUGCUACGAUGGUGUCGAGGGCCUCAUCUACCUGGCGCUCUUUUCCUUCGUCACAGCCCUCAUGUUCAGCUCCAUCGUCUGUAGCGUUCCACAUACCUGGCAACAAAAGAGAGGCCCAGAUGAGGAUGGAGAAGAGGAGACUGCUCCAGGGCCACGGCAGGCACAUGACAGCCUUUACCGAGUGCACAUGCCCAGUUUGUACAGCUGUGGUAGCAGCUACGGCAGUGAGGCCAGCAUCCCAGCCGCCGCCCACACCGUCAGCAAUGCCCCGGUCACUGAGUACAUGAGCCAGAAUGCCAAUUUCCAGAAUCCCCGCUGUGAGAACACCCCCCUCAUUGGGCGCGAGUCCCCACCGCCCUCACGCUACCUGGCUGCCCUGGACUCUGGCAGCCAUGCAGGCUGGCAAUUUAAACCCAUGGACAGCGCCCGAACACUGUGGUAGCUGUACCCUCAGAGUGACAGUACACCUCCAGCAUGAGAGCCAAAUACCUCGCCACAAGCCAGCCUCGCCCCGACUCCAGCGGCAGCGGGCACUAGACUGCACACCGGCCAGCCAUCUACCCCCACGUGCCAAUUGCCCCACCCUUCCUAUGCCAGCACUGCUGCUUCCACCCUGCCGGACCCUCUGCAAGCCACACCGGGCCAGCCCUAGGCUCUUCUGAAGCCCCCCACUGUACCCACCCUGCAGGAGGCAUGUAGGUGCCCAGCAUGAGCUCUGGGCCAGCCUGAGAAGUGCAACUUCUGGGCACUCACCUGGACAGACACUGCCACCAGCAACCCGACCCUGCCUGCCUCCAUCUCCCCGUCCCUCUGUCCUCUUGGGCUCUCCGAGCCCUGCUCUGUACCAGGUGCUUCCGCCCCCACGUUCCUUCUACAGGUGGCCCUCCAUGCUGUCCCUUGCCCUCUGGGAGCUCCCUUCCCUCCAGCUGCACCGAACCUUUCCUGGUAUUGUCCCGGUCCCUGACCCUUCUGAGGAUCCUUUCUCCGUUCGUAGGCAGUGGAAGCCCCCGUGCCUGGUGCCCACCUGCUCAUCACUGAGUGGCCCCUUCACACACUCUUGUCUUUGCAACAUCCAGCGCCUGCCUCCUUUUAGCCACCCGGCUUCCUCGGCCCUUCCUGUCAGUUCUGAGCUGCCUCCUGGGUGGGGCUCUUCCUGCACCUCCUGCCCACAUGAUUCUCUUCCUCAGCACCCCACCAGCCCUCCCCGGACAGCAGGUGCCACACAGAGCCCAGGUCACUCCCUGGCCUCUCAGUGCUGGCCGCCUUCUUGGUGCCAAACCCUCUUUCCCAUUUGUCCUGGAGAGUGGCAGCUUCGUCCCCUUUGGUUUUGCACUGACCACAUUUGUCAUCUCCAGGGCAGUCUGGGACAUAGGCGAAGCAGGACACUGCCCACUUCCCUUCCUUCUCAGUUUCAUUCUUGCCCAGGACAAGCGGCAGUACCCUCUGGAGCCUUGGGGGCUGGACCCGAGAUGGCUGUGAAUGUGCCCCCAGCCUCAGAAUGCCGCUGUUGGGACUAACCACUAACCUCAGAUGCCACGGGCACUCCUGGCUGCCCCUGAGCCAGCAAGCAUGACCCUAAGUCUAGCCUGGAGCCAGGGCUAGAGUGGUCAUUUCUUUGUGGGGUGCUGCCAGGGAGGGGCCAGACCCACAGGCAACUCAAAGGGCCUAGAGACCCUCCCUAGGCAGGUGCUGCCCCAGGAGGAGCAUGUCUGGGGGACUGUGGGCUGUAGUCCACGCGGCCUCAGUCCCUACCAGGAACACGGCUCUCCUAAGGUGCUUUUGGCUUUAGUGUGUGGUGUUUGCUGUGCUUCCUGCUGUGAGGGGCCGAAUCAGCUCCCCAAUCAGGACUUGGAGCCUCUACCCUGGCCCAGCCAGCCAGUGUGAGCUCUGGCCUGUGGGAUGGGCAGCUACAGGGCUGUGGAGCAGCUUGUGCAGGUAGCCAAGACUGGGGCCCUGUGGUGGGAGGUGGUUUACAGACCUGUGGCCCUCCUAGAGCAACCUGGCAGCUACAGACCCCAGAACCCCGGGCUUCAGCUCUCCCCAGAGGGGAGAGGUUCCACAUUCCCUUCCUUCUCAACCAACCCCUUUCUUUGUGCUGGUGUCUGGGACCAAAAGGAGUCGGCAGAGGACUCACUGGGCCUAGGGGUCCAAGUCUGGGCGUCUGUAGCUCCUGAGCAUGACAGAACCUCAGUGGAGGGGACCCUGCCUUUGCCUCCAACUGGUCUGGCGCCGGGAACCUACAGGGCCGUGGAGGCCCAACUGCAGCCACCCUGCCCACUGUGGGUGUGUUCCUGGCCUCAGGUUCAGAGGGAGGCAUGGGGCACCCCUGCCUGGGUGCCUGGGUGUGCCCUGGGGCCUCUCAGAAGCACAAAUGCUGCCCCCUGGCCGUGAGCUGGCCACAAGGUGAAUGUAUAUAGCAUGAGAGGCGGGCACUGCCCGGAUGUGGCUGUGAACUUGUGCUGUCUUGGGAGUCCUGACCGUCGUGUGCGUGCGUGCCCCCAUCUGUGACUUUUCACUCACCGAGGCUGAAGAAAGGAAACAAGGGGAAAUAAAAGGGUUUCUACCCUGACCUCUGCAGAGGAGACGGCUCCUGCCACUGUGGGCUUUUUUUUUGUUGUUUUGUUUUCUGAUUUUUGGGGUGCCACUUGUCUCUUCAAUCCCAGUAGUCCCUCCACCUCUCCAGGGGGGUGAGCAGUUCAGUGCCAGCUGCCUGUGAUUGGUCCCCACUCCCUCUUACUCCAGGGGACCCUACACCUCUGGUGGGGAGCAAGGAAGGCUGAGCCACCAAACCAGACCCAGGUCCCUAGCCAAACCCGGAGGAGGGAUGCCUGGGACGCCAUCACUGGUAGGAUGGUGGCCACCGUCCCCCACAGACACACAGAGCUUAAGUGGCAGAUCCUGGCCUGGAACAUCCUCCAAACCCUCCCCCUAGUGCCCACCCGCCCACCCUGUCUCACUAUGCAAUUCCUGGCCCCAGCCCCAAUGCCUGCCCUACCCAGAAGGUGGUUAGCUCCUGGGUCAAAGGUGACCAGAGUCUCGUUUGGUUUUAAUCAUGACGAUGGUGUACCGCGCCCUUUCUCAUCUAUAUGAUUUUGUGAGAUUUGCCUCCCAGUUACUGUCUCCCUGCCUGCAUCUGCCCCCAGUGGACACUGUCAUCUGAACUGAGCCAGCCCCAGUUCCCCUCCAGCCUCUGUAGGGCCAUGGCUGUGUGUUACUGUUGCUGUGUUUUCGUUUUUUUAAACUGGGUUUGGGGUUCAAUUUUUAUUUCUUUGGGGAACUUUAUUUUUCUUGGCAAAUAACUAAAGUUCUUGUCCAUGUGAUUUCUGUGAUCUCUAUUCAGCUUGGGUUUCAUGUUUUAAAAUAAACAAUUUUAAAAAAACA